AUGCUAAUGUGCAUUACAAAGCAUCGAGUGAUGUCGGCUGUCUUGCAAUGGAUUGGGACGAAGUAUCCGAAUGUCACCGGAAUCUCUUUAUCCAACAAUCGAAUCUGUCACAUGGAAAAUCUUUCAACUCUUGCGAAAACAGUCAAAUCUUUGAAAUACUUAGAUUUGAGUCACAAUCAGAUUUCGAAUGAAGAUGAGCUUGAGAAACUUGGAACGCUUUCACUGGAUCAAUUAGUUUUCGAAGGAAACCCAGUCUGUGAGCGUUUCUCUCAAGUGUCGGAGUAUGUAAAUUUUAUCCAGAAGUCGUUCCCGAAGUGCUCUAAUUUGGAUGGCCUUGAAGUGACUCCGAAAGAAAAACGCUUCGAUUUGGACAAAUUUAUACCGUUUAGAAAUGGAUACUAUGGCAAUGACGAAGUACGAACACUUGUUGAAGAAUUCAUCAUCGCAUAUUACAAGAUUUACGACGGCAUAGACGGGCAACAAACAAGAAAAACGUUGCUGAAUGCUUAUGAUGCUACUAAUGCGACAUUCACAAUUACUGUCACAUGCCUCUGGGAUCCAUACAAGUACACUAUGUACCCAGAUAGUGAGUGCUACCGCAUGUACUUGCGUAAUUCGCAUAACGUUCUCAAUCAAGAGUUCUUCGCUGCGAAUCGUGCUUCGCGAAUCUCGCAUGGCGCGAUGGAUAUCGUUGUGGCAUUAUCGAGACUUCCAGCCACUGUACAUCUGAUGGACACAUUCGUUGUCGACGUCUUUCUCGUUUCAUCGGAACUGCUUGGAUUUACUUUACAUGGAACUUUCCGAGAUGGAAGUUUGGUUGACCAAAACGAUAACAAUGGCCCAGAGAACUACUUCACAAGAACAUUCAUGGUCGCACCGAAAGGAGAAGGAAAAGUGGCUGUUAUCUCGGAUCAAUUGUUCAUCAGCUCAAUGUCGAAGAGACGCAACGAGAAAUAUCGCAAACUGGUCGACACUGCAACCGACAUUGACGAAUAA